AUGGGCCCUCAUGGAUAUGGACGUCGGACGUUAAAGGGUCCCGUUAGGCACAUCUCAGCAACUACAGCAUCGCCAGACACAAACACCUCCUCUACAAAGCAAACUACUCCCGGAAACUCGAGGAGGCGAGUCAAUUUUCAUGAGGAUGAUGACGAUCGUGAACAUAAACGCCAGAGAACGCAAAGCCCUGCACCUGCCGCGCCACCUGUCGCCUCUUCUGUACGACAGCCUGCUGUUGCAAACUCCAAAACGAGAUCCGGAACCAACGACGGCGAUGAUGACGACAAAGGUAAUCAGAGAUGGAAGCGGCAGAAGAUAGAAAACACGGCAUCCGAUCCUACUCCUCCCGUCUCCCUUUCAACAAAAGAAGCAGCCGAUGGAAAUGUGGCCAAGAAGAAACGCAGAGUCAGUGGUAGGCGCAAGUCUCGAGGGCAGAAUUCAGCUUCGGGCACCCUGAAUCCCACUUCCGCAGAGGUCGGGUGCAGCGGCGUAGCUUGCGUAUAG